AUGAAUCCUUUAUUAGAAUAUAAAAGAAUUAAAGAAGCUCUUUCAAAUUCUAGCAAUAAAAAUUCUUUUCAUCAAAAAAAAGAUAUAAUUAUCAACAAGGAUAAGAACAACAUUGUUAGAGACCAAAAAAUAAUUGAAAAUAAGUAUAAUAAGCCUUUAAAACAUGAGAAUAAUAAAUUCAAAAGAGAUAAUAUAGAAUAUAUUAAAUAUAAAAAAAAAGACUUUGUUAUAAAUAAAGAACAUACAAGAAAAAGUGAUGAAGAAGAAGAAUAUAAUCUUUUGAUUCCUGAGGAUGAUACAAUUAACAAAAAUAAAAUUAAUCAAAUUAAAUAUGAAUAUUGUUAUAUUUGUGAUACUGCCAAGCCUUGUGAAUGUCUAGAUAAUUAUUGUCCCUACGAAGAUAAUAAUUGGAAGUGCAGAACACUCAAGUCAAAUGUUCACUCCAACUUAAAAGAAAUAUCAAAUAUUAUAGAAAAUAUUCAGACGAGCAAAAGGAAAAACGAAAAUCCUAUAAAAGCCAUCACUAAAAAAAAUACAAUAAAAAAUAAUCAAACUAUUAUGAAAUAUAAAGAUAAGAACAAGGAAAUUAAUAAACCUAUGAGUGCAUAUGAAAAAUUUUAUCUCGAAAAGAUGAAAGUAGUAAAACAUAAAUUGAAUGAUGUAAAAAAUAAGAGUGACGAAAAUUGGGAUGUCAAUAAAGAGUUAGAUAAAUAUUUAAAUGAAGUAAUAAAUGUGAAAUAUGAAGAGAUAUGCAACAUAUUUCAAAAAAGACUAGAUGCACUAAAAGACAUAGAAAAGAAGCAUUUAAAUUUAUUAGUCAACUUGUUUGAUGAGCAUAAAGAAAUGGAGGAUGUAACUUUACCCAUGAUAAAUGAAAAAUAA